AUGGAAAUGUUCAUAGCAGACUAUUGUAAUAUAAACGAAAUGAUAAUCUCAAAAGCUCAAGAAAUUUAUGAAAAAAGAGACCAAAUAAAACACCUAAACAUCGAAAACAAAAAAUUGUUAGACGAACUUCAUAAAAUAAAAGAGGAAAUAAAAUUUGAUGAAUGCCAUCAAAAUUUGGAGAAUGAGAAAAAUAUGUCACUACGGUCAAAAUUUAGAGAUAUAGAAGACAAAAUUCACACUGAUGCAGAAGAAGCAGGAAGUGAAACGAAGACCUACUUAGCAAAACUUGGGUUGAAAGUGAGAUUACAAAUGUUUUCAGAAAAUGAAAACUUUGUGAAACUGACUAUAAAAUUUAAAGAAGACAAAAACCAACAAAUGGUGUUAAUUUAUGAUCCAUUAACAGAAGACUAUGAACUUGAUUCUAUUCAACCACAACACCCACGCUUCCUUCAACUGAAAAACUUGUUACGAAUCACAAAGGACAUUCAAGGCUUUCUUUUCCACUUUCGAAAGAAAAUUCGAACAAUUUCAAACAACCAGAACAAACAAUAA